AGUAUUAUAUUCUUAUUACUGAUGUUAUUGGACUAGUUUUAGAUUUUUUAAUAUAAUUGAUACUGCAUAUAGAGGAAAGGUAGAAGGAAAAUUAAUUUCAGAUGAAUUAAAGCGGGUAAAAUUUUUUGGUUAUACAUACUUCAUAUGCAAUUUCAUUGAAUGAAAAUAUGGCAGAUAACAAAUGUGAUUACAUCGUAUGGAUAGACACAGAAUUAUCUGGACUUGACAUAGAAAAGGACACAAUUUUGGAAAUUGCUUGUUUGAUAACUGACAAAGAUUUGAACAUAGUAAGUGAAGAGUUCAGUCUUGUGAUUAAUCAACCAGAUGUAAUUUUAGAAAAUAUGAAUAAAUGGUGCAUCAAUCAUCAUGCAAAGACAGGCCUAACAAUAGAAUCUAGAUGUAGUAAAAUUAAUUUAAAAGAUGCAGAGCAAAUGUUACUUAAUUUUUUGAAAAAAUACAUUUCUAAUCAAACCUGCCCUCUAGCUGGCAAUACAAUUUACAUGGACCGUUUAUUUUUACUUAAACUUAUGCCAUUAGUCAAUGAUUAUCUACAGUAUAGAAUUAUCGAUGUUAGUUCAAUUAAAGAACUAGCGAGGAGAUGGCAUCCAACAAUUUAUAAAAAUACACCAAGAAAGAACUGUGAGCACAGAGCACUAUCUGAUAUUAAAGAAAGUAUAAAUGAACUAAAAUACUAUAGAAAUAAUCUAUUUAUAUCGUCUGUGUAGCAGAGCAUUUAUUUUCCCUUAUUUUCUGGAUCACAAUUUUUCAGACAAGGUGCUCUUUUAGAAAUUGUCUGUUAUUUUUUGGAAAAAUCUAGAAGUAAAUCUAAAAAACUCUAUAGUAAGCCUUAUAUAAAGUUCACAAAUGGAAUCAUCUUGUAAAUU